AUAGAACGAACAUGAGUCCUUCGGAGGAUGCAGCCCGCGAAUUUGGACACAGCCAAUGUUUGCUCCAGGGCUGGAAACAGAGCGCUUUCCUGUUUUACGGUGUUUCAAGGGAGGCGCUGUGAGCCUUCAUUUCUCUUUCCAUAGUCUUCAGUUUUCUCGCCAGGAGACACCCAGAACACAAGAUUCAAGAUGAGUACAGCGUUGGUUUACGAUGAGGAAAUGACUCGCUACAAACUGCUGUGGUUAGAGUAAGUGCGAGAUUACAUUUAGCGAACCCCCCAGUCGGUAUUUAAAACUGGACACAACAGUCCAGCACCGCAAGUCCAGAUUGUGAAAUCGAGAGGCCCGAGCGUCUCACGGCUUGUUAUGAAGCAUUGGUCAGGAGCGGUUUGGCUGCUCGAUGUGCCUCCGUACCUGUACGGCAGGCCACAGACGACGACAUUCUCCUGAUUCACUGCGAGGAGUACCUGGAAGCAGUGAAGAAGACCCCAUACAUGUCUCUGGACGACCUGAGGGAGUUCACGUUGCAGUAUGGAGCAGUCUACUUCCAUCCAGUUAGUGAACAGCUAUCAUUGCGCCACGCUGGCAGUGGGAGCCGCACUGCAGCUGGUAGACGGCGUGAUGACCGGGAGGGUGAGAAAUGGCAUGGCUCUGGUCAGACCCCCGGGGCACCACAGCAUGCGCAGAGCCGCCAGUGGCUUCUGUGUGUUCAACAAUGUGGCCAUAGCAGCCAAAUAUGCCCAGCAAAAAUAUGGAGUUCAAAGGGUGCUGGUAGUUGACUGGGACAUCCAUCACGGUCAAGGGGUGCAGUAUGCAUUUGAGGACGAUCCAAGCGUGCUUUAUUUCUCUUGGCACCGCUAUGAGCAUCAGAAAUUCUGGCCUGAACUCAGGGAAUCAGACUAUGACAGUGUUGGCAAGGACAAAGGUGCUGGCUUCAAUAUAAACGUACCCUGGAACAAGGUCGGCAUGCAGAACAGCGACUACCUUGCUGUCUUCUGUCACGUCCUUCUGCCGGUCGCCUACGAGUUUUGCCCGGAGUUGGUGCUGGUGUCCGCAGGCUUUGACUCUGCCAUUGGGGACCCAGAGGGUGAAAUGUGUGCCACCCCCGACAUCUUUGCCCACCUUACCCACCUGCUGAUGAAUCUCGCCGAGGGAAAAUUGUGUGCCGUGCUGGAGGGCGGAUACAACUUGACUUCGCUCAGUCAAUCCGUGUGUGUCACGGUUCAAACUCUACUCGGCGAUCCGCCGCCCCGGCCCGCCAAACUCCAAGGCCCCUGUCAGAGCGCACUGGAGUCCAUUCAGUGUGUACGCGCAGCUCAUCGGAAGUAUUGGUCCUGUCUCAGGCAUGCAGCAGAAGCAGCCCCCGCAGAAGUCAGCACUAAGCGCUGUAAGCUAGAAGAAAAAGAAAGAGAAGAAAAGCUUCAAAGGGGAGAAGCAGUUGACGCCGUAACGUGGCCCGAGCCUGAGAAGUACGUCGCGCCUCCCGUACGCACAGCGGUGGUGAUUCCGGAGCACGUGACUUGUCCUGACGGAUGCAAACGCUUCAGCUUGUCGCCUCAUGCCGACUCGCUCUCAGCAAAGGAGGAUUUUGACAGCGAUGCGGUCUCUACGUUAUCCAGUCUCACUGCACUUGUCGGGAAACUGCUGAAGAAUGAGAUCCGCAACGGCUUGGCCUUGGUCCGUGACAUCUCCGUGGCACUGGAGACAGUCAUCACGCAUACAACCACUCUCAAACAACGCGUUUUGGUUGUAUGUUUAGGAGGCAUUGGAGUCCUGAGUCACCUGCCAGAAGAUGGGACAACACUUCGAGUGCACAUCAGCAAGGAGGCGGCAGAGGAGCCCAAGCGCCAACAUAACGUAUCCAUGCGUCUGAAGAAUGGCUGCGGGGACACGUCGGGGUUGGCGCAGGCCACCUUGGGCCUCCUCCUGCCUCUCGCCUACGAGUACGACCCCGCUCUGGUGCUGCUGGCGCGAAUUCCGGGCGCGGGCAGCCCCGGCGACGGCGCGUGGCAGCAGCUGACUGGACUGUUGCAGGGCCUGGCUCGGGGUCGCAUGCUUGUGCUGGUGCAGGAGGAUGAUAAAGCUUUUGUCAAGCCAACGGCGUCCUCCCUCUCUGGGAGUCCUGCACCCUCUCUGGGGCAACUCCCUGCUCCAGUAGAUGAAGAUGUUGAGGCACUGGAGCGCUUGAGAGGUGGCCUUCAGGCCCACUGGAUGCUGGUGAGGACUUCAGUCCAAGAAAGUGGAGGCGAGGACAACUGAAGCUGCAUUCUGUAUUCCUUCCAUUUAAUUUCAAACGCCACACAAGAAGGCCAAAGCCCCGGACUCAAACGUGCUGCUUCAGAACUGUGAGGCAGACAUGCUAACCACAGGGUCCACUGUACUGCGAGUGUUAUUCAUAUUCCAUCCAUCUAUUUGUUUUUUGUUUUGUUUUGUUUUUUGUUUACAUUUUUUCUCAGCUGACCAAGUGAGAUGUGGAGUAACCCUGGACACAGUCACACCGAUGCACCUAUGAACAAAAAAAAAAAAAAUACAAAAUUGAACCUGGAA